AUGGACUUGGUUUGGAAUGAAACAAACAUCAGUAGUGGGAAUCAUUCGCCAAAUUUAGGCGAAAGAUCUGCUGAUCACAUCAUCAGAUCAAUAUGGCUUUCCGUUGUGUUUGCAUUUGGAACAGUGGGAAAUGUUCUUUUAUUUUCGGUGAUUUUACGAAAAGGGAGAAUCACCAAUGUCACUAAUUUAUUCAACCUGAACCUGGCGAUCGCUGAUUUGGUCCGGAUUUUUCUAUUUAUACCCGUUUAUCUGUUUUAUUCUGCAUAUGAUUCAUGGCCUGUAGAAUUGGGUUUGGCAGGCUGUAAAAGUGUAUUUCUCAUUCUGCAGAACAGCCUUACAGUGUCGAUUUUGACGUUGCUGUUUAUGAGCAUCGAAAGAUUCCGGGCUGUUGUGCAUCCUUUGAGGAAACAAGUAAGUAAACUAUAAAAAGGCCCAGUUUAACACUUUAUUAUAAUUCAUGAUCAGGGGUAUUGCGCAAAUCGCGUAUUUGAUUAUGAUUAUAGUGCGUUAUAAAGUUUUACAUUUUAUCAAAUAUUAAUGAAAUCAAUAUUAUGGGGGGGCAUUGACAAAACUUUAAGUUGUACCUUAUUCGGAACUGCUCGUCAUAUUUUCGGUAGAAAAAUUUACUCGAAACAAUGUGGUUCAAGCGUGUGCUUCCUUCCUUCCUUCUUUCUUUCUUUUUUGUAAGCAUCUAAAAGCCAUAGCGUGUUCACAAAUGUUUGGGAGAAGUCGAAAAUCCCGUUGUUAAAUUAGUUCGCACUAGAAUGGGGUUGCACAGUUUAGUAUAGUUUAAGUUUCCAAAGGUGAUAGAAUGGAUGAUUUUUACAAAUUAAUUCGUUUUAAGUAAUAAUUGAAUUUCUUUCUUGCAGAUGUCAAUUCGUGUGGCUAGGUGCUUGGUAGUACUCUCGUGGUUUCUCGGAUUCAUUGCCAGUGUUUGGUAUUCAAUCGCAGUCACGCUUGUCACGAACGAUGACGGCCACGCCCAUUGUCAACCUGGCUCAAAAGGGACCUUUGUAACAACUGGUCUUCUUCUAUUGAUCACAGGUACACAAUGGCUUCCUGGGGCUGCAUUCACAAUAACUUACAUGAGGAUUAUCUUAAAGCUUCGACGAGAUGCGGUUAUAAAACCAUCUGAUGUUUCCCAAAGCUCUCAAAACCGUCAUCGUAGAAACUUGAGAGCUGCACGCAUCCUUGUCAUCGAGGUUCUUUUCUUUCUUGGUUGUUUGUAUCCUUUUUACCACUACAGCCUUGCAACGGCCAUGGGAGACGGCGAAUCCCCGGGACUUUUGUCUCUUGAUGGUACCGUUAUCUUUUGUAUGAUGAUAACUUUUUCGUUGACGAACCCAUUCUGUCAUAUUCUAUUAAACAGCGAGUUUAGAGAAGAUGUUAGACGGAUUUUUCAGCAGAUAAAAAGUGGACUGGGAAACAGAUCAAUUCGCAAUUGGUCAGAGAUUAACCUUCCCGGAUGGCACGUACAUCGUGACAAGGAAACGAGCGGACAAAAUGAGGAAAGACAUAAUACUAACGGCUCAGGAAAAUAA